GCGACAGAGGAAGCUUCACUUAUCGUCCCAGCUUUGCUAAACAACUUGCUGCUAACCCAUUUCUGUACUUAUUUUCUCUCCGACCAAAGCAAUGGAGGUGACGAUGGACCCUUUGUUUCUGGCGUGGAGCUAUUUCAGGAGACGGAAACUUCAACAGUGUUCAGAUAUUUGUACAAAAAUAUUACAAGAAAAUCCAUACGACCAGGACCCCUCCUUGUUUAUCUCAGAGGCUGCAUGGAGUUUGAAAACCCGUGCUCUGACAGAGAUGGUAUACAUAGAUGAAGUUGAGGUUGACCAGGAGGGGAUUGCUGAGAUGAUGCUGGAUGAGAGCUCAAUAGCUCAAGUUGCGCGCCCUGGAACAUCGCUGAGGCUUCCUGGAACAAGUCAAGGUGGAGGGCCCACACCAGCUGUCAGGCCUAUGACACAAUCAGGGCGUCCUAUCACAGGAUUUGUGAGACCCAGCACACAGUCAGGGCGUCCUGGGACAAUGGAGCAGGCCAUCAAAACUCCCCGCACUGCAAGCACUGCUCGGCCCGUCACUAGUGCUUCUGGUAGAUUCAUCCGUUUGGGAACAGCUUCAAUGCUAACCAAUCCAGAUGGACCAUUUAUUAAUUUGUCAAGACUAAAUCUGGCCAAGUAUUCCCAAAAGCCCAAUUUAUCCAGGACACUGUUUGAGUACAUUUUCCAUCAUGAAAACGAUGUGAAAAAUGCUCUAGAUUUGGCUGCUCAAGCUACUGAACAUGCUCAGUUCAAAGACUGGUGGUGGAAAGUUCAGCUGGGAAAAUGUUACUACAGGCUUGGUUUAUAUCGAGAGGCGGAAAAACAGUUUCGAUCAGCUCUCAACCACCAAGAGGUGGUGGAUACAUAUCUCUACCUGGCAAAGGUUUAUCAGCGCCUUGAUCAGCCAAUUACAGCACUGAACCUUUUCAAGCAAGGCCUGGACCACUUCCCUGGGGAGGUCACACUUUUAACAGGGAUCGCUCGCAUUCAUGAGGAGAUGAACAACAUUUCAUCAGCCACAGAGUACUACAAAGAUGUCCUGAAGCAGGACAACACUCACGUGGAGGCUAUAGCCUGUAUAGGCAGCAAUCACUUCUAUACUGAUCAGCCAGAGAUAGCCCUGCGGUUCUACAGACGGCUGCUCCAAAUGGGGGUGUAUAACUGCCAGCUGUACAGCAACCUGGGCCUGUGCUGCUUCUACGCCCAGCAGUAUGACAUGACUCUGUCCUCAUUUGAGAGGGCUCUGGUCCUGGUGGACAAUGAUGAAGAGCAGGCUGAUGUCUGGUACAACAUAGGACAUGUUGCUGUGGGCAUUGGGGACUUGACACUGGCCUAUCAGUGUUUCAAACUAGCUUUGGCUUUUAAUAAUGACCAUGCUGAGGCCUACAACAACUUGGCUGUGCUGGAGCUGCGCAAAGGUCGCAUUGAACAGUCUAAAGCCUUCCUACAGACUGCUGCAUCACUGGCCCCUCACAUGUAUGAGCCACACUUCAAUCUUUCUAUUCUUUCUGAAAAGAUUGGAGACCUUCAGAGCAGCUACACUGCAGCCCAAAAGUCAGAGGACGCAUUUCCUGAGCACGUUGACACUCAACAGCUUCUCAAACAGCUUCGGCAACACUUUGCUGUGCUGUGAGCGACCAGCAUGAUUAAGAAGAG